AUGGGCACUUGGUAUACCUGCGGGGCACUCUGUCGAACUGUGGGGAACUCGCAGAAAGUCGUGUUGGCAACAUCAUCGGUUGGUGGCGUCCAGCUGGACUGUCUUGUUGUCGACCGAGCGGUUCAAUGGGGUGUAGCCGGCGGAGUCUGCAACCCGCUAUUCUGCACCUCAACAAGCCGUGACCUCACUCCCCUUGCAGUCCUUCUUUUCGUCAGUGUGAGUUCUACCACUGCAGGAGAGGUUGCCGUUGGCCGCAGUCGACCCAUGGUGUUACCAGAGCAAUCAACAGCCCAGCAGUUUGACGAGGGCAGAGUUCAGCUCUGUAUUGCCAUUGCUCACGUCAAAACUCCUGCAACCAUUGCGAUUGCCACUAGUGCAGCAGUAUGCAGCGGGCCGGCCGCACAUGUUCCGGGUAUGAGAGCAUUCAUGAUUUCCAUGAUGGUUCUCAUGAGAACAGAGCGCAUAAUGGCCCGGCCGGACAUUAAUGUCGAUCACAACGGUCCGGCCCGCCUACCGGAUCACGUGUCCGACGCAGUGGGUUUCAUCCACUCAGACGAGAUGCCAGAAGCAUUUCCUGGAUGCUAUGUUGGAGCCAGAUCGGUUUCAGCCUGCCCUGGCUUCCCGGUCGGGACGGCCGGUGAUGGGCCUUGUCUUAACCUGGUAACCGGAGUCAGUGACCGGACCCGGCGGCGAGCGGGAUCUGCGAUGCGGCGAGUACCAUGGAACUGGAGAGCUAACAAGUCACACCUUGGUGACUCGCUGGAAUCCAAUAAUUUUGGUGAACCCGAGUACAUCUCGUUAUGUAAGCUCAGAGUCCAAGGGUUGUGGCGAACAAGGCGGGGGGUGUCACCGAAUCGGUCACCCCGAGGCUACCAAACUCUUGCCAUCAACAUCUUCGUCAAGAAAUCACAGCUUGCGUACGCUGCACCCUGA